AUGUCCACGUUGUCUGCAGUGAAAAGAGAAGAAGACGGCGGCGCCAGUGCUGAGUCUAAGAACUCGAGCGCCCCCUUGCUGGACAAAUCUCAGAACGACGCCAACAUGUCUGCGCCUACGGAUUCCGAUACCAGCGCGAAACCACGCAAGCGCGACUUUUGGAAGUUGGGCAAGAAGCCAGAAGAUGACAAGUCCAAACAGAAGGAUCCGAUGACAACCACCAGUUCCAGAUCAUCCGCUCCCCAAAUACCACCUAUGGUUGGCUUGCGACCAUCCUCUCCCUUCCGUAUCAGCGAUUCUCUCACGGGGUCUGUGUCUCCUCAGCGGACCUCUCAUCCCUAUAUUACACCUGGCUCGCCUAGCCAACCCAUAACUUCGGUGACUUCGGCUUCACCACGACCGCAGUCACCUGCUUCUUCCAUGAUCUUCGAGCGAAAUGUGCAAGACGAAACCCACCCGACCGAGCUCUCCCCUCAAAUCCCAGCCCACGUCGUAACAGAGAAUCACAUCCCGCCUGCGUUAGAUGCAUCUGCCGAGGCUAUUACGAACACCAAGCUUGACCCUGAUGAAGUUGAGAUCAUUACACAUGCCACGCAUCAACCGGCAGCCGUGACCAUUACAGGUGCGGAGCAUUCCAUGGCCUCCUCAACUGUGGAAGACACACCCUCGAUGCCCGCAAUCGCACGUGCCUCCGAGCCGAGUCCGGACGAUGUGUCCAACUACGGCUCCCUCGAUUCUGCCGACGUGCGCCGUUUGUCCUUUAUCUCGUUCGCCGAUGUUGUGCACGCCGAGCAAGAAGGCAUCGGCGGUGAUCAAAGGCGCGAUUCAGCUAUUGGCGGUGCGCAUCCAGCAGUGCUGGGUGCUCCGAGAUCACCCUCACCUAUGCGUUCACCUGUGUCUUCGCAGGCGUUCGGAACAUCACCGCCUACCAGCAUUGCAACCAGCGCCAAGGGAUUUGAAGGAAGCCCAAAUCGUGGAAUGCGGACUGCAGGCAGCCCGCCACUGCUCGGUCAACCCAGCCCGAUGACAGGUGGCGAGCUGAAUAUCGAGACUAUGACACAGGCCCUGCGACGAACCGGCAGCGGUGAUUUGAGCGGCGUGAGGUCAGCGCCGAUGAGUGCCAUUGGCGAUGGCGAGAACUUUGGCGACAAAGCCUUCCGGUGA